AUUUCUUCUACGCUCCAAGGACCCGCCUCAAAUAAAAUAUUCUUCUAAAAACCUCCAAACAUUUGAACUCCUACAUCGUCAAAUCAUUCGGCUGAUCGGAAGUCCCAGAUGGUGAAGGAGACGGAAUGCUGUGUCGUGCCUGGACUCAGCCCCGCCGCUACAGAACCCGAAGUCGAGAAAGCUUAUCACAUCGAGGAAGAGGUUGCAGUAGAAAAAGAUCAUGUAAGAGAAUCGGGGACCCCUUGUAUUACAUCAAGACAAUUGCAAGAUACAGUUAACGCUCAUCCAGAUGACCCCUCCUCCCAUUUCAAACUCGGGAUUUUCCUGUGGGAAAAUGGCGGAAGCCACGAUAAGGCGGUUGCUGCGGAUCAUUUUCUGAAAUCAGCGAAACUAGACCCUCAGAAUGCUGCUGCUUUCAAAUAUCUAGGGGAUUAUUAUGCCACAUUUUCUGUUGACAUCGAAAGGGCUCUCAAGUGCUACCAGAGAGCUGUCAGUCUUGAUGUUCAUGAUUUUCACUCUGGAGAAGCAUUGUGCGAUCUGUUGCAUCGUGAAGGAAAGGAGAGUUUAGAGGUUGCUAUAUGCAAAGAGGCUUCCUCUAAGUCAACUCGAGCCUUUUGGGCUUUCCGGAGGUUGGGCUAUUUGCAGGUUUUUCAAAAGAAGUGGACUGAAGCCGUCUUAAGUCUUCAGCAUGCCAUUCGAGGAUAUCCUUCUUGUGCUGAUUUGUGGGAAGCCCUGGGUCUUGCAUAUCAGCGACUUGGCCGGUUUACUGCUGCAAUUAAGUCAUAUGCACGGGCCAUUGAAAUUGAAGGAGAUAGAAUUCUUGCUUGGGUUGAGAGUGGAAAUAUCUUCUUGAUGCUUGGUUUGUUCAAAAAAGGAGUUGAACACUUUCAGCGAGCUCUAGAGAUAUCACCUAAAAGUAUUACUGCACAAUUUGGGCUCUCUUCAGGGCUGCUUGGUUUGGCAAAGGAAUGCAUUAAUAGGGGGGCGUUUAAAUGGGCAUCCUUUCUGUUAGAGGAAGCAUCUAAAGUUGCAAGAGGAAGUACAUAUUUAGCUGGGAACUUGUCGUGUAUCUGGAAGUUGCUUGGAGAUAUUCAGCAUACGUAUGCAAAAUGCUAUCCAUGGAUGGAAGAGGACUGGGGGCUAUGUGCAGAAUCUUUUAGAACUUCUAUCCUUUCCUGGAAGCAGACUCGCAGUUUGGCUUUAUUGUCUGCCAAAUGUUCCUAUCAGCAAGCUCUACACUUGGCUCCGUGGGAAGCUAACAUUUACACAGAUAUUGCUAUUACUUUAGAUAUUAUUUCAACUUUGAAUGGUGAUUCUGGAUCUGAAUUCAAUUCCUGGCAGAUAUCUGAAAAGAUGACAUUAGGGGCCUUGAUGCUCGAGGGUGACAAUCAUGAAUUUUGGGUGGCAAUGGGAUGCAUCUCUAACCAUGAUGCGUUGAAGCAACAUGCUUUUAUAAGAGCAUUACAGUUGGAUGGAUCGCUGGCUGGAGCCUGGGCUUAUCUUGGGAAGCUAUACAGGAAUAGGGGAGAGAUGCAAUUGGCAAGACAGGCAUUUAAUUAUGCCAGAAGUAUAGAUCCAUCUCUGGCAAUACCCUGGGCUGGCAUGUCGGCUGAUUUGAAUAUUAGUGAGUCCACAUCAGAUGAAGCAUUUGAGAGCUGUUUGAGAGCUGCAUCAAUACUACCAGUGGCGGAAUUUCAAAUUGGACUUGCCAAGCUUUCUCUGCAGGCAGGCCAUCUUUCAUCUCCACAGGUGUUCGGAGCCAUACGUCAGGCUGUUCAACUUGCACCUUGUUACCCUGAAUCCUAUAAUCUAAAUGGACUAGCUUUUGAGGCACAAUUGGAUUAUCAAUCUGCUGUUGCUGCUUAUCGUCUAGCACACCUCACGACUAGCCAUUUUUCAGAUAGAGUUCCAAGGUCUCAUGUCAGAGAUAUAUCCAUCAACUUAGCCAGAUCACUCUGCAUGGUAGGAAAUUUCUUUGAAGCUUCGCAGGAAUAUGAAAAUUUGAGUAAAGAAGGCAUGCUCGACAUCGAAGGUCUGCAGGUGUAUGCUUUCUCAUUAUGGAAACUAGGAAAGAAUGACCAGGCCCUUAGCACCGUGAGAACCCUUGCUUCUUGCAUCUCUACCAUGGAAAAAACACGUACUGCUGCAUCUGUUGGUUUCAUAUGCAGAUUGUUGUAUUCAAUAUCUGGAUUGGAUUCCGCAAUCAACAGUAUCAUGAAGAUGCCAACCCAUUUUUUCCGGAGUUCAAAAGUGAGCUUUGUAGUGGCUGCUAUUCAUGCCAUUGAUGGGUGUGAUCGGCUUGACUCCAUUGUUCUAAGCUGCCGUUCCUGCCUCCAGUCUCAUGAAGAGAUAACUAAAAUGCACAUUUUGAUUGCAUUUUCUAAGCUGAUCAAACAUCAAACGGAUAACUGCCUGGGAUUCCAUAGUGGAGUGAUGCAUCUUAGAAAAGCUCUUCAUGCAUACCCCAACAGUAGUUUGAUGAGGAACCUGCUUGGUUAUCUUUUGCUAUCCAACGAAGAAAGAGAUGACAAUCACACAGCUACUAGGUGCUGCAACAUGUUGUAUGGUUUUGACCAACAGAACAAAGGUCUGAAAUCUGCAUAUGAAAUUCACGGUGCUGGAGCUGUGGCCUGCUAUACAAUCGGCACGAGUCAUCCGAGGUUUUCUUUCCCAACAUGUUCAUACCAGUGUCAGAAUGGGAUUGGGACCAUUCGACAACUUCAAAAAUGCUUACGUCAAGACCCAUGGAAUUAUGAUGCUCGAUAUCUUCUUAUACUAAACAUUCUGCAGAAGGCACGUGAAGAAAGAUUUCCCUGUCAUCUACGUGCAACUAUUGAGCGGCUAAUCUUGGUUGCCUUUUCCAAUGAGCCAUAUUUUAAUAAAGAUACAUCUCAUCAAUAUAAAAAGUUUCAGCUGCUACUUUGUGCAUCUGAGAUCAGUUUACAAGGCAAUGACCAAAUUAAAUGCAUCAACUAUGCCAAAGCUGCUUCCUCUAUUUCACUUCCAGACAAUUAUCUUUUUUAUGCACAUUUGUUACUGUGCCGAGCCUAUGCUGCAGAAAAUGAUUCUAACAACCUCCGUAAUGAAUUCAUAAAAUGUUUGGAUUUAAAGACAGAUAACUAUCUUGGAUGGGUAUGUCUUAAAUUCAUUGCAUCUCGAUAUGAGCUUCAUGUUGAAUCCAAUAGCUUAGAACUUAGUUUCAAGAAAGGAUCAGUAGAGAGCAAGGAUCUGCAACACAUGGUAAUACCCGUGUCUGGUCUGGUGGAUGGUUUGAUAUCUUUUUGGAGCCAGGAUUUUAUGGCGGCUGAGAAGUAUUUUGCUCAAGCUUGUUCCUCGGGACAUGAUGACGGCUGUCUCCUCCUCUGUCAUGGUGUAACCUGCAUGGAACUUGCAAAGCAGCUUUGCAGUCCUCAUUUCUUGAGGCUGGCUGUGAACAGCCUCCUUAAAGCUCAAGUAAUUUCCGUUGUUCCAAUACCAAUGGUCUCGAUCACACUGGCUCAAGCAGAAGGGAGUCUUGGUUUGAAAGAAAAUUGGGAGUCAGGCCUUCGUUUUGAAUGGUUCUCGUGGCCACCAGAUAUGAGGCCUGCGGAGCUCUUGUUUCAAAUGCAUCUGCUUGCAAAACAGUCGAAAGUUGGUCCUGAUCAGUUGAGGGUUGAGUUAUGUCAGUCUCCUCUGAGAUGGGUUCUUCGCGCAAUCCAUGUAAACCCUUCUUGUAUGAGAUAUUGGAAGGUGCUGCAAAGCUUGUGGAAUGAGGGCUGAACUUUCCAUGCUGGACCAGACAAAAUGUUUUUUUCCUUCAUCGUUUGAUCCAAAGCAAUCGCUCUGAUUCAAUCUCCAAGUUCCUGUAGUCUAUUAUAGUUUCAGCUUCGUUUCUCCUGCAUCCUGGGCAACAUUUGGCUCCAAGUUUCUUCAUUUAAUCUGUCGUUGUAACCUAGGGGACUUUUGAGUGUUGAUUCUGUGAAAAAAUGGCUAUUAUAUAAAAGUUUUAAGAUUGUAGCUAAAUUUUAGUUCAAAAUAAUUAAUGUACACUCUCUCUUAGAUUCCUAUUUAA